AUGGCCUCAGACCUUGAGCAGCUCAUUGAGAUGGGCUUUGAGAAGGAGAGAGCGGAAAUUGCAGUUCAAAAGACUGGCAAUUUGCAAGGAGCGCUUGAGUGGCUCGAGGUGAACCAGGACAAGACUUUGGAGGAGAUCAAAGCAUCGCAAAGCGAAGAGGCCGACAAUGACGAAGCCCCCGCACUCCAGCCUGGCGAAGAAGCCCGCAGUCUGGUCUGCAAUGAAUGUGGCAAGAAGUUCCGAAGCCAAGCACAGGCAGAAUUCCACGCCUCCAAGACCGAACACACCGAUUUCUCCGAAUCCACGGAGGAACUUGCGCCCCUCACUGAAGAGCAGAAGAAAGAGCGGUUGGAGGAAUUGAGACAGAAACUGGCUGCCAAGCGGGCGGCUCAGGCCGAACAGGAUAAGAUCGAGCAGCGGAAGAACGAGAACAUCCGCCGUAAGAACACACAAGAGAACCAGGAGGCAAAGGAGGCGUUGGAGAAGAAGCAAAGACAGAAAGAGGAAGCAAAGAAACGUCAGGAAAAGCUAGACGACAAGGCGCAUCUCGCUCGUGUCAAGGCGCAAAUCGCGGCCGAUAAAGAGGAACGCCGCCUCAGGGCCGAGCGAGAGCGCGCUGAGCGAGCUGGUGUGGCUGCUCCUCAAGCUGCUACCGCGUCUAUUCCCGGUCCAACGACGUCCGGACCUGUUGCAUCUAAACCUGCCUCUGCGUACACUGAGACCCGUCUUCGCUUGCAGACUUCAAAUGGCAACAUCAUGAAGACCGUACCGGUGACGACUACCUUAUUUGAGGUGGCAGAGUCCCUCAAGCAGGAGAAUGGCCUCGAUGUCCACAGCUUCACUCAGACUUUUCCUAAGAAAGUCUUUGAUAAUGAGUUCUUCGGAGAAUCGCUGAAGGAUCUCGGCCUCGUGCCAAGCGCCAGCCUUAUCGUGCAAUGA